AUGAGCGACAGGCGCAUUGCUCGGAAGCUCAGGAGGAGAAAGCUCCAGCGCUUCUCCCACAUCUCUAGCACUGAGGAACCGCUUGGACAGCCCAAGAAGAAGCAACGCCGCUCAUCCGCUGAAACGAAGGACGGCGGAGACCCCACCUCUAUCCAGAUUUUCCCUCCAGAGCUGUUGUACUACAUCAUCUCCUUCUUGCCAGUGAAGGACGUGGUCUCUCUGGGCCAGACCUGCCGGUACUUCUACGAGGUGUGCGACAGCGAGGGGAUCUGGCAGAGGAUUUGCCGUCGCCUGUCCCCUCGGCUGCGGAAUGAGAACUCAGGUGGCAGCCGGCCCUGGAAGCGCUCAGCCAUCCUCAACUACACCAAGGGCUUGUACUUCCAGAUGUUCAGUGGCCGCCGGCACUUCGUCAGCAAGACAGUCGCCCCGCUGCUCUCGCAUGGCUACCGGAAGUUCUUGCCCACCAAGGACCACGUCUUCAUCCUUGACUACAAUGGCACCCUCUUCUUCCUCAAGAACGCUCUGGUCUCCUCCACCAUGGGCCACGUCCAGUGGCGCCGUGCCUGCCGCUACGUGGUGCUGUGCCGCAGUGCCAAGGAUUUUGCCACAGACCCCAGGAGUGACACCGUGUAUCGUAAAUACCUGUAUGUGCUGGCAACCCGGGAACAGCCGGUAGCCACAGUGAUGGGGCGCAGUGAGGCUGGAACAGCUGCUGGCAGCCGCCUCUGUGACUGCGUGGAGGUCUACCUGCAAUCCAGUGGGCAGCGAGUGUUCAAGAUGACCUUCCACUUCUCCAUGAAGUUCAAGCAGAUUGUGUUGGUGGGGCAGGAGACGGAGAGGACCCUCUUACUUCUGACAGAGGAAGGGAAGAUCUACAGUCUGGUGGUGAACGAGACACAACUGGACCAGCCUCGCUCCUACACUGUGCAGCUGGCUCUGCGCAAAGUCUCCAAGUGCCUCCCCCACGUCUCCAUCCGCCACAUGCACUCCAACCAAAGCAGUGCGCUCUACCUCACAGAUGAAGGGGCUGUGUACUUCGAGGUCCACUCUCCCGGUGUUUACCGUGACCUCUUUGGCACCCUCCAUGCUUUCGACCCACUGGAUCAGCAGAUGCCCCUGGCCCUCUCUCUUCCUGCGAAGGUGCUCACCUGUGCCCUUGGUUACAACCAUCUGGGGCUAGUGGAUGAGUUUGGGAGGAUGUUCAUGCAAGGGAAUAACCGCUAUGGCCAGCUUGGCACAGGAGACAAGAUUGACCGAGGGGAGCCUGCUCAGGUGCACUACCUGAAGUGCCCCAUCGACCUGUGGUGUGGCCUCAACCACACGCUGGUGCUGAGCCACAGCGGAGACCUUGGGAAAGACCUCAUGGGCUGCGGCUGUGGCGCUGGAGGGCGCCUCCCUGGGUGGCCAAAAGGCAAUGCCUCUUUUGUCCGGCUGCAUAUCAAGGUGCCCCCCUGUGUCCGCCGCAUCUGCUCCACCCGCGAGUGCCUCUACAUGCUGUCCACCCACGACAUUGAGGAAGUGCCUGCCUACCGAGAGCUGCCGGCCAGCAAGGCAGGACUGCUGCCCAGCGACACUGAGGCCAUGGCCGCCCGGGCGUGUGAGGAGUACCUGAGCCAGCUGCACAGGUGCCGGACGCUAGAGGGGCGCAUGGCCAAGAUGAAGGAAGCCGUGGGCAGUAUGCCUCUCAUGACGUUCCAGAAAGACUUCUUCUGGGAGGCUCUGGACAUGAUCCAGCGGGCAGCUGAACUCCGAGGCUCCCCUCCUUCCAGCUAG